AUGGCCCGUCCUGUACGGAGGUCAGUCAUGGCCCGGUCCAGUAUAGAGGUCAGUCAUGGCCCGGUCCUGUAUGGAGGUCAGUCAUGGCCGGUCCUGUAUAGAGAAGUCAGUCAUGGCCCGGUCCUGUAUGGAGGUCAGUCAUGGCCCCGGUCCUGUAUGGCGGUCAGUCAUGGCCCAGUCCUGUAUAGAGGUCAGUCAUGGUCCGGUCCUGUAUAGAGGUCAGUCAUGGCCCGGUCCUGUACGGAGGUCAGUCAUGGCCCGGUCCUGUACGGGGGUCAGUCAUGGUCCGGUCCUGUAUGGAGGUCAGUCAUGGCCCGGUCCUGUAUGGAGGUCAGUCAUGGCCCGG